AUGGUCGACUCGUGCAUGGACCGCGGACUUGCGCACCACCAAGGCGCGACCCAGACGACAUACCAAUGGUGCGACGAAGUCGAAAGUUAUCUCAGCAGCUACCUGCUCUGCCACAAUGCUGCCAAUGCCACUGUGCUACGUCGUUUGAUCCGCGAACGCCUCGAAGCGGCACCACGCAUGAUGGCGGCGACUGUUUCCAGCAUCGAGUCGGGUCUCUCAGACGUGAAUACUGCGGUGGGGCUGUUGACCGAGCUCCGCGUCGCCAUCAACAACAGCUUUGUCGUCACCUCGAAACACACGCAAACGCAGCGCGACAACAUUUUGCGCAAACUCGACGCUGCCAAUACGUGCUUUGAGGCGACACGCGACGCGCUCCUCCGCGCGCACGACGUUUUUAACCUUGACGCGCAGCUCGUCAGCGCCAUCACAACACAAGCGAGAAUUGUGCGCUUGUUUAUUACGCUGGACAAUGUCAGCGUCCGACUGGCAGUGCUCGAAGACAACUGCACCAACCUCGUCCGUUGCUGCACGUCGUACAAGGAUAGCCAUCACGAGUACAUUGAACAGCUUUUGCAAUAG